AUGGGUGGAGGUGUUGUAUUUGUGGUUUGUGUUCCAACAUCAAAUUACGAACAUAUUCUAUUACAUGGUACUCCGAUCGAUUCUUUACAUCCAGGUUCACCGAUCAGUAAAUUUGGGCCAACAACACCACCACUUAUAAGUGAUGAAAAUUUAAAAUUAAAUGUUGAAUUACGUAAUAAAAAUGCUCCAAAACCAAAAAGUCCUAAGAAGUAUGGCGCACCAAUGAUACCAGUGAAACGUGACGAGAAUUUGGUUCAUGUUCCGAUGGAAAAGAUUUUGGACGAAUUGUUAACAAAAUUAGAAAUUGAACAUGCUGUAUGGUGUGCUGAUAAAAAUGGAAAUUAUUACGAGGUCAUAUUUCCUGUACCAUCAGGAGAUCCUUGCGAAAAUUGUAUACACUGUUUGACAGAGUUGGGUAUUGGGAUUAAACUAAAUUCUAUUGUGAGUGUUCUACCAUGCAGUGUGACUUUCAACAGCUUAGAUGAAAGAGAUUCUAUUGAAGAAGAAAUUGAAAACGUAGAACAGAAGAAAACGUGGGACAAUUUUGUGAGUUCAGUUCGUUCCAAAUUAACUGUAAAACAAGUUGUCGAUGGGGUACGCAGCGGAGGUGAUUUAACAUUCGAUUAUAUCAUGCUGGUCUUAACUGCAGAUUGUUUGGCUGCAUUGGGUCUUGUAGAAAAUAACGCUUCAAAUAUUGUAGCAGCCAUGUUGGUAUCACCAUUGAUGGGUCCAGUAAUGUCGUUAACAUUUGGUACAAUUAUUGCUGAUCGUCAAUUACAAUUGGUUGGAUUCAAAAGUUUAUUCAUAGGAAUGUUAUUAUCGUGCAUAUUUGGCUUAAUUUUUGGAUUAAUUUUGGGUACUACAGAAAUGCCGUGGGGUUUUGGUGAUUUUCCAACCGAGGAAAUGAAAGGAAGAGGGAAUGUCAGAGCAUUAUGGAUGGGUGUUUUGUGGGCUUUACCGUCUGGAACCGGUGUUGCAUUAGCGUUAUUGCAAGGAAGUGCUGGUCCUUUAAUUGGUGUGGCUAUUUCUGCUUCAUUAUUACCACCUGUAGUUAAUUGUGGAUUAUUUUGGGCAUUGGGAUGUAUAUGGUUGCUAUAUCCUGGUAUUAAAAUUCCACAUAUUAAUGGUGAAGCAUACCAUGGUAAUACCUCAUAUCAGCCAUUGUACACGGAUUAUAUUCCAGUGGAAUUUUUUAUAAAUGGAAUUGUUAGCUGUUGUUUAACGGUGGUAAAUGUUAUUUGUAUAUUUAUCACAGCAAUAAUUGUUCUUAAAAUCAAAGAAGUUGCUGCACCUUAUACUUCUACACCAGACUUACAACGAUUUUGGGAACAUGAUAUACGAGUAGUGCGUAAAACUAAUCGUUCAACUUUACACAAAGCUGAGGAUGAUGAAAGACAAGCGUAAGACAUUAAUUUUUCUUGAAAUUUUCACUGAAAUUUUAUUAAGAUAUACUUUUCUAGAUAUAUGCAAAGUUUGAAUAAGAAAACGCAAGAAGAUGUAGAUAACGCUAUGGAGCAAGCGUUGAAAGAGGCAACUGAUGAUGAUACCUAUCGUAAAAUUCAAAGAGUCAGUUAUUCGUUACACGCUCCAGAUGAUGUACCCCGUCAACUUGGAAUAGGUGAAAGAAUAGAAACAUCUGGUCAAAGAUCAAAUCGUAAUUCAGCUCUAACUGAUUUGGCCGCUUUAGAUAAAUUAAUCACCUCAUUACUUGGUACCCAACCACAAUCUUCACCAAUUUUAAAUCGUUUACAUCCAUUAUCAAGUUCUUUACGACGUAGUAAACGUGGCCGAAGCUCAUCCAGUAGUUCACCAAUGCCAACAAUACUAGAGAGGAAAUCAAACAAUGAUCAUUUAAGAAAUGGUAAUAAUGCCAGACCACAAUCUUCAUCUGGUAUACGUGGAUUAAUUCAAAAUUUACCGCAUCGAUUUUCAGUUGAGGCGACCGAUGAGGAGAGUGUAAAUUUAACUAAAAAUUCAAAUUGA